AUGCCCAGAGUAAUAGAAAAAGACAGUAUCAUCCUUCUCAAUUUGUUUGCUGAAUUUGUGGACAGUCGAAGCGAUGAAGUCCAGCUUCACCAUGACCAUCCACAAUUAGCCAAGGAGUAUGAUCGUCUACGCCAGGUCUUAUCACAUCCCCUCAAGGACUCGGCCGAACGAGCCACCAAGCUGUCCAACGUGAUUAAAUGGAAGCAAGAUGCUCCUAGACAGCUCGAUGCCUGCUUAGUCGAGAUCCGCAGCAAGACUGGAUAUGAAAACUUUCACUUAGAGCCCGCCUUUUCUGAUCCCAUAGCUCAAGCUGUUGAGGGUCCUAUCGUAACUAUCAACGUUACGGAAUUGGCUAGUGAUGCGAUCAUUCUGCUGAGUCAGGAGAUUCACGUUCUCAAUUUACCUGGAAUGCAUACUUCCAUUUCAUCUCAUUUUGGUCUAUCCACCCUCCUAGGGCGCUUUCGGAAUCUAGGUGACAGGGGUAGCCAUCGGGAUAUGCAAGGCGAGAUGGACACGCUGAACUCCGUCCCCGAACCGCUUCUGUCCUAUUAUCGCACCUCCUCCCUUGCCUGGUUGUGGGAAUGUUGUGUUUGUCCAGUACUAGGCAAAAUUGAGGCCCUAACUUCGUCGACCCCGAGUUCGGACUGUCCCUUGAAUCGCAUUUGGUGGAUCGGAACUGGAGUCGCCAGCUCCCUGCCAUUUCACGCCGUUGGACAUGGACCCGAGCAGCCCACUGAAAACACCAUGCACCGUGUGAUCUCCUCUUACACGCCUACCAUCAAGGCGCUCACCUAUUUUCGAUCCUGCCUGAAUAAAAUAACAGCUACAACCCUCAAUCAGGACGUUCAAUCCUCAAUCACCAUCGUGGCUAUGCCUACCACUCCGGCUGGGAGAUCACUUCCGGGAGUCUUUCAAGAGAUCGAAGUCAUUCAGAAGGCCGCUGCUGCUGUUUCUGCCGCAUACAAGGUCCAGGUAGAGCACCAACCGGGGGCUGAAGCCAUUCUAGAGGUCAUGAAGAAGCAUAAUAUCAUUCACUUUACCUGUCACGGAUCUUGUGACCCGGGCAACCCGUCCGAGAGCCAUCUUCUUCUCCAGCACCACAGCAACAGUGACAACCCAUCGUCGACUCCCGGUGUCGAGAGACUGACAGUCCAACAGAUCUCCGAUCAUGUCGCCAGUCAAGCGCGAAUCACAUUCUUGUCUGCUUGCUCAACAGCCCAGAUCACCGCAGAGAAGCUCACGUACGAAGCUAUUCACCUGGCUAGCGCUUUUCAGGUUGCUGUUGGACACCUGAUUGCGUCGAUGUGGUCAGCGAACGAUGAUGCUUGUCCGGAAGUCGCCCGACAUUUUUAUGGCCAGCUUCUGGCCCAGUUUCAGGAAGGCAGAAUCCCGUUCUCGAAUCGAUCAGUGGCCGAAGCCUUGCACAAUGCUGUAUGGCAUUAA